GACUUGAGCAAAUCUUGGAAAAAAAAUAAAAAUGAUUACCAAAAUUGCCAUACCUCUACUUGUGGCAACUUACCCGCUUGCUCUCUCCGCGCCUCUGGCUAGCAGUGACUCAGGGCUCCGCCUCAUCAAGACCUCUGAGGCUGACGUAGGCCAAUGGGUAACUGAACAAGAGAAAUUCGACAGAUUCAUCUCAAAGAAUAUAGGAUUCAUCGAUAUCACGGACAUUAAGGACGACGAAGUGUUAUCUAUUCUAUCCAUCCCAUCUUCAGAAGCCUCCAUCUCCACUCGGGCGGUUACCUAUCCAACUAGAGUCGAGCAUGUAGACGAGGCAAAGUCGCUCAUCGCGAACGUGUCUAUCAGUGGCCCACAGAGCUGGCUAACCACGUUUACGCAAUUUACAACGCGACACUACCGUUCGACUACUGGCACUCAAGCCUCAGCCUGGCUAUUCGAUCAAAUCUCCAGCAUCGCAUCUGUGAGGCCCGAAAUCAUUGUGCAGAGAUUCACUCACACAUGGAACCAGCCCUCUAUUAUUGCUCGCCUACCCGGUCAAAGCUCCAAUUUAAUUAUUGUGGGAGCCCACAUGGACUCUACCGCUGGCUCUACUACGGCCCGCAGUCCUGGUGCAGAUGAUAAUGGCUCAGGAUCUGUUACUAUAUUGGAGGCCUUACGUGUCAUUGCCAAUUCAGAUUUUACUCCUAAAAACACCAUUGAGUUUCACUGGUACAGUGGUGAGGAGGGAGGGCUCCUAGGUUCUCAGGCGAUCUUUUCAAAUUAUAAAUCCACCAAAAAGAGUGUGCUCGCCAUGCUCAAUCAAGAUAUGACUGGAUAUUCGCCGAGUAACCAGCUAGCUGUAUAUACUGACAACGUAGAUGCGUCCUUGACUCAGUAUGUUAGAGUAAUUGCUACUCAGUACACAGGUGCUGCUCCUCUGACCACUCGAUGUGGUUAUGGCUGCUCCGAUCACGCCAGCGCUCGAUCCAACGGUUUCCCAUCUGCUUUCGUCAAUGAAGACACAUUCGAAAAGUCUAACCCCAACAUUCAUACUGCUGCAGAUUCUCUUGAGAAGAUUCAGUGGCCAGCUAUUCUUCGACAUGCCAAAUUUACAGUCGGGUUCAUCGUGGAGGCAUCUUACAUUUAAAUUAUUUUACGGCUGGCUUCACGACCAAUACGCGCUGACCAUCCCCCCCAAUGGUUGUUUUAGAUGCGAUUAUUCUAGAAAAUUAGUGAAUAAUUACAUCUACUUGUCAUUUGCAUUCACUUAUCGCCACUGAAAAGAAGCAUCACAAAAUACAUGCCACUAAUAUUGCUUAUCCAGAUUACCUCGCUUCCAUUAACGCCAGU